GACAAUCUUAACUGUCGACACCGACUACUUCAGGAAGCUGAAGCACGACAUCGGCCUUGCGGCAGCGUUCUCUGAAAUCGAAGCCUUUUCUUAUGGCGCAGUGGCUCGAAUUUUUGAAGCAUACGCCGCAGUCUCCACCGACCGCGCUAAGCGUAGCGAACUCGAAUGUCACCCUCAAUUGCCCUUCGCUAAGUACAACUCCACUGCUGCAUCGAAGAAGGAUCCUAUUGUACAUAAAACUUGGCUUUUGGGUGGAGGUUAAGACAUAUAUACCUCACUGGCAGGCUGAUGACGAUAACAGCGACCACGGCAGCAGCGGCGGCGACGACGACGACAGCGACGAUAACAACAACAGCGAUGGCGACGGCUGCAAUGAUAGUGAUGACGACGACGACCGCAACGAUAGCGAUGACGGUGACUGUUACAGUAACGACGACGACAGUAAUGGCACGGACAUUCGGGGCGACGAAGCACUAGCACGUGCCAUUGAGCAAGUAAACGUACAAGCUGCCUUUACGUUUGACUUGCUGCCCAACGGCGAACCUAGCUACUACGCCUUCAUCAUUGCGCUCGACCGUUUCUCUCUGCUCCACUACAUUCGCCCGGGCACCAACAAACAGGCAGGUGGAGGAAUGGCUGGAGAGGAAGACCACGAGGCAGAUCCUGGCCUGGACAUACCUGGUCUGCCGCCAAUGCCUGAUAUACCCAAGGUUGUUUACUGGAACCAGCUCAUUUUCACCCCUGGAAUGAAAGGGUUUUCUACUGUCUUCCUGGAUGCACUAGCUUGUGCGACAAAGCACCUUGGGCUAAAUCAUCAGCCCUCAUGGUUUGACCCCAAACCUGGAACGACUCAUGGUACUAGGCUGAGAGAGGAGUUCGAGCAGUUCCUUCAGCGUGAACAGGUGUGUUGAGCCAAUCUUUGAGC